GGGGCCGCGGUGGCUGCACAGCGCUCCUUGGCUCGGUCCGCAACCUACGCCCACUUCGCCUGCCGCGGGCGCUUCCGGUUCCGGUUCCGGUUCCUGUACCUGGAGCCGCGCGAGAUCUGAAGCGUCCGGCAUGGCGGGGAGCCGGCUGGAGACCGUGGGGAGCAUUUUCUCGCGGACGCGGGACCUGAUUCGGGCUGGGGUGUUGAAGGAGAAGCCCCUGUGGUUUGACGUAUAUAACGCCUUUCCCCCGCUGAGGGAGCCGGUCUUCCGAAGGCCCCGCUUGCGAUACGGCAAAGCCAAAGCUUCCAUCCAGGACAUCUUGUACCACGAGGAUCGGAUUAGAGCGAAAUUUUAUUCCACGUAUGGAUCUGGUCAAAAAGCUUUUGAUCUGUUCAAUCCAAACUUCAAGUCUACCUGUCAAAGGUUUGUGGAGAAAUACAUUGAGCUACAGAAACUUGGAGAAACAGAUGAAGAGAAGUUGUUUGUGGAAACAGGGAAGGCUUUAUUGGCAGAAGGUGUCAUUUUACGACGAGUAGGAGAAGCAAGGAAUCAGGAAGGUAGCAGGAAGGCUGAACCCAUGGGUGUCAAACCCCAGUCUGUGUUGGAAGAGAACCAGCCUCUGACAGAAGUUCCACGGGACCAGCAUUUGGAGGCACCUGGAGAACAGGAAAAAGGCCUCUCACCUCCCUGAAGAGCUCCGUGUGCUGUGUACACUGACAGCCAAGCCGGAUGCACAAGAUGAACGUGGAACUAUUUUUAACAGUUGGACUGUGCAAAUGUUGCUUGAUCUCUAAGGCAUUCUGUUUGCCUUCUUUUGGUUUCCCUUUCUAGGCUGUCAUAAAGCUCUGUAUCACGGUUGGAAAGAAGCAGUUAUGUGAACUUUUAUGUUUGGACGGUAUUAAAUGAAGAACUCCCUAGUGCUUAUAAAGUAAAUUUAUUCUAAAACUGUAAAUUGCAUUAGGAAGCCUUUGUAAGAAUUGUUUGAGUGGGACUCAUUCUGCGUAGGUUUGCUUCAAGUUCUAUGUUCGCAUUUGAUUCGCUGCUAGGUUUCUUGUCUCUGGAUCCAUCAGACUUCCACUUGGAUACACCGCGUGGUUCCCUGGCCAGCUGUGUCUGUCUGCAGAUAACCUUUGUACUUUUUGUUUGAGAGGCCAGGCUGACCUGUGCUUUGCAGUAAGAGUAAGAACCUAUCCCUGAUGGUAGGCAAAGGCAAAACUGUUAAGUUUAAUCUCACGGAUUGAGUGCUGGAGACAGCAUACAGAUGCACAGAGUAAGCCACUCAGUAACGAUUUAUUGAAUGAAGGAGUGAUUACAUCCAGCUAAAGACUGAAUUCCGAUGACAUCUCUGUGGGUAACUGCGUUGCCAGGAGGAGCGGGCUGAUGUAGGUGGUGUGUCCCACCAGCAUCCACCUGCCUCUCUGGCGUCAAGCUGUGCUGAUGGGUUUUUACCACUGUCUUGCUUUCUGUAGCUCCGUAUCUUUUACUAAAUAAGUGAAAUGCCCCUCAGCUGUCAGUGGUCAGCUGUUUGUCGUAAGCUGCUUCAGAAGUGCCUCAUUUUAAAACACGGGUAGCUUCUCUCCCCCGUUGCUCUUCGGGUCAUCUCUCCUGUCUCCUGGCAGGUUGGGGGCGGGGCCGCAGAAGGAGGGCAGAGCAGGUGUUCCCACCUACAGGUAAGAUGUUUCCAUAUUCCACAUUCCAGCCUGUACACCUCCCUGCACGUGGUGCUCAGGUAAUGGAAGGCAAGUAAGUCCAUGAGGCAAAAGCCAUUCUCAGCCAUGCUGCCUCCCCACCUCCCUAUCACUGCUUUACAGUUCGUGUUAAGGGGACGCUUUGCUUUUAGUUGGGGAAGCAAGUUACAUCCAUUCCACAUUAGGCAACCAGUGGGUGCCAGACCCCCGGCCGGACCUUAGGAGGGGGCUUAAGCAGGUGGAGGAGACUGUUCUGUUCUCAGAGCAACAAGCAGCGGUCACUCAUUACCUCGCUACUCCUUAUCCUUUUGGGAUUUAAAAGAUGGAUUUUUUUGUGAUAGUGAUGAAGAUAUUUUAAAGUCAUUUGUUGCCUAAUUAGAGAAAAAAUUAUACAUGGUUUAAUAUUUAAAUUGAAAUGGUUCAAUUUGGCCCAUGGUUCAAAAUUUAAAUUGAAAAGCCAGCCUCUCUGUACCCCGUCCCCCGGCCACCCCUUUUCCCUUCCCUGGGGCCACCACUAUCACCUUUUUCUUUCCAGAAAUAAUUUUGAGCACAUACAAGGGGACCCAAGCACACUGUUCUGGACCUUGUUUUCCACUUAAUGUCUCAGAGAUCCUUUGUAUGGACGCACAGCAAACCUUCAACCUAAAAUCCCAGUCGCCAAAACCUUGUCAAAGGUGUGAAGCUUACUUGGGGGUUCAGAACUCCUCCCACGAUCCGUGGGGGCAAAAGCCAUCACCAGGUCCCUACAGUGUUUGAAGAGAGUGUGAGCGUGAGUGCAUUCUUGGCUUUGAGGACCUUAAAAUCUAGGUGGGAAGAUAAGAGUGACUUUCAAAAAUGUAAAAUGAACAGGAAUACUUUUAAUUAUGAAAAUGUGCAGAGUCAGGGAGAAGGACCAGCUCUGAACUAGUCCAGGACCACUGCCUUGAAGGGGGGUGGGAUUUGAAGUGUGCCUGCUGUUCCUUCUGCCGGCAGCACACUCCCUGCCACCAGGGUCUUUAGAAACCAUACCUCCACUGCCCCUUUCAAAUGGUAUCUCUGCUCAGAAGCUUCACCAACGUUCACAUCAAGUCUCAGGUCCCAGCUGAGCCCCUUCCAGGCUACGCUCACCUGCUUCGCUGCAGUCGGCACCCCGGGUCCACUGUUUACUUCCCUGCCUGCCUGACCCUGGUCUUCUUUCCAGAGGGAACCGUCCUCUCCCUAUUCAGCAUGUGAACAAGGGCAGAAAUUCUUACUUUGAUCUGCUGGAGCGCUAACUCAGGAGUAGACCCUCCACGUGGGUUUGCUGAGCUGAAGCCAAGGAAGGCAUGUGUCCAGGCGAUGGUGGAGUUUGCACGAGUCUGAAGGUCUGGGUUCUAGUUCUGGUUACUCAAGUUUUUACUGAUGUGACCUUGUGCCUGUCACGGUCUCUCAAACUAUGACAGGGGUGGUGAUGUUUGCCUCUUUGGCUUCCAGUUAGCACUGGGAGGAUUACUUGAGAUAAUAAAUACAAAACUCACU